UGUCAGUCGGAUAGGAGACUACCUUCACCCUCAUGAACAAGGAGCCAUUGUACAGUGCGUGUUGCCCAAGUCGGGUACUGUAGACUGUUUAGAUCGGUGCAGUUCCAGUGAAUAGGAAAGAUGUUCAGCAGGUCGUUGGUAAGGACAGGACUACUUGUCUGUAAACAGGACAGCAUUGUUGGGACGAAAUGCAUCCUGCCAGCCCUGAGCACCGGUGACAGACGACAGGGUGCGUCUUCGACGGCCGCUGUCAUAAAUGGAAGUAAAGUAAAAACGACGGAAGAUGGAAAUAAACUGAAAACGAUGGAGGAUUUAGACGGUCCCAGUUUCAUGACUUCUUUGUACUGGCUGUUUGGGAAAGGUUACUUUCAGACAACGCACCAAAUGCAAAUUGAGCACAGCAAGAUCUACGGUCAUCUGUGGAGGUCCAAGUACGGGCCGCUGGUGAUUGUGAACGUGGCCAGUGCGGAGCUGAUUGAGCAGGUGUUGAGGCAGGAGGGCCGGCACCCUAUCCGCACAGACAUGCCCCACUGGCGAAGCUACAGGGAGCUGCGGAACCAUGCCUAUGGCCCCCUCACAGAAAUGGGGGCGAAAUGGCAGAGAAUCCGAAGCAUUCUGAACCCCAGGAUGCUGAAACCCAAGCAUGUGUCGUCGUACACCAAUGCCAUCAACGAGGUGGUCAGGGACUUCGUCCAGAAGGUGGACUGGCUCCGGAAGACCACAGGAGACGGUGUUGUGGUCAAGGAUUUAGCAGGGGAGCUGUAUAAGUUUGCUUUUGAAGGCAUUUCCUCCGUGCUGUUCGAGACGCGUCUGGGCUGCCUAAAUGAAAAGGUUCCAGAGGAGACGGAGAGGUUCAUCUUCUCCGUGGGGGAGAUGUUCCGCCUCUCCCCCAUCAUCGUGCUCUUCCCCAAGUCCCUCUGGCCUUACCUGCCCUUCUGGAAGCACUUUGUGGGCGUCUGGGACCACCUCUUCACUGUUGCGGAGGACCUGGUCCAGAAGAAGAUGGAGGAGAUCCAGGAGCGUGUGAAGAGCGGGGAGCCCGUGGCCGGAGAGUACCUGACGCACCUGCUGGUCAGCGAGCAGAUGUCCGUCCACGAGGUGCUGGGGAGCAUCACGGAGCUGCUGCUCGCCGGAGUGGACACGACGUCCAACACCAUCUCCUGGGCGCUGUACCACAUGGCGAGCGAGCCGGAGAUCCAGGAGAAGCUGUACCAGGAAGUGGAGAGGAUCUGCCCCGGAGACCAGGUGCCCACCAGCGACGACAUCGCCAGAAUGCCCCUGCUGAAGGCCAUUAUCCGAGAGACGCUUCGGUUAUACCCUGUGGUGCCCGGGAAUGCCCGCAUCACUGUGGAGAAUGAGAUUGUGGUGGGCGGACAUCGCUUCCCCAAAAAGACCCUGUUCCACCUGUGCCACUACGCGGUGUCGUACGACGAGAAGAUCUUCCCGGAUCCGCACGCCUUCCUGCCCGAGCGCUGGCUCCGCGGCGCCGACAAGCAGCUCAACCAGCACCCCUUCGGCUCCGUGCCGUUCGGGUUCGGCAUCCGGGCCUGCCUGGGCCGCCGCGUGGCAGAGCUGGAGAUGUACCUGGUCCUGUCACAGUUGAUAAAACAUUAUGAAGUACGCCCAGAUCCUACUGGACAAAUCGUCAAGCCAAUCACACGGACUCUUCUGGUCCCGGCGACACCCAUGAACUUGCAGUUCUUGGACAGGAGAGCAGCAGAGGCGGAGCCAAGAGAAGCUACGCAAGCGGCCAUAUGAACUACUGUAUGUCCGCACGCAUUCCACACACAGCGUGGAAGUAAAACAAACUGUGUAUAUUAGUUGCUAACUGGAGAUUUGAAAAGUCUAAACCCACGCAGUCUCUAUGCGCUGGCAGAAGAUCCACUGUAUUGAUUGUGUAGUGCACAGUUUAAUGCUGCUACUCUAUAACCACUCUCGCCACUACUCACUGGCUUUGACAUUUGGGUUGACUGCCAACAGGGGGUGCUGCUGAGCACUGGCAAAUAAUCUUUUAAAGGGACACUUCACCGAUUAGCAUUAAAGGGACACUUCACUGAUUAGCAUUAAGCUUUGUAUCUUUAGGAAACCAGUCAUGUUUUUUGAAUGGUCGUGCAUCAUUCCCUCAGUUUGCCUUGAGAUGGGAGAAAUAUGGAUUUCAAUGUAACUCACGAACAGGACUUCCUGCUUUCAAUGAUGUAAAAUUAUGAUUUUUACAUUAUUGAAAGCAGGAAGUCCAACAUUGAAAUCCGUAUUUCUCCCAUCUCAAGGCAAACUGAGGGAAUGAUGCACGACCAUUCAAAAACAUGACUGGUUUUCUAAAGAUACAAAGCUUAAUGCUAAUCGGUGAAGUGUCCCUUUAAGCUGGAUAAUUGUAUUUCUGUGUUUUUUGAUGCUCCCUGAUGGACCUGUUGCCAGAAGACCUUUGUUAUACAAAGGGAAAAGACAUUCUUUACUGUUGUGACCACUUUAAUGUUUUCAUUAUUUUUACUUUGUAAAUAUAGCUACUUAUUUCAAUUCUGUAACUAAUUGUUUUAUUGAGUGGCAAAGGCGGACAUCCCAGGUUCAGAGGGUAAAGGUCCUGUCAAGUAUUUGAUCCAACCAUUUAGUAAACCAGCUCAUCCUAAUUAGCAGCCAGGUAGAUCAGAUAAUUAGUGAUAUCACCUGUGUUAACUGCACAGGUUGAACGAAUACUGUAUAUGGUAGGAUUUUUACUUUCUGGAACCGGGAUGUCUGCCUCUGUUGAAUGGUGACCUGGACUGGAUGAUAGUAUGGCCCCACUUACCUUUUUGUUUCCUGUUCUCUGCCCACUAAACAAGACUGUGCUUAUACUGUGGGCCAAUCCUGGGCAUUUUAGUUAUAUAUUUGUCUGAGGACCUAAAAUGUGCCUUUAAGAAUGUGAAUACCGUAUGACUUGAAUGUGGGUCCAGCAAGCACAUGGAUGCACCUUGUUUAUAGGCCAACGCUACUGACAUUUACCCUUAACGCUGCCAGUGAAUGUUAAACAUUUAUAGUAAUAGUAACCUCUUAUCAUGUGGUCAUAAACCAGGUAAAACAGUAUUGUUCAUGAUUAUAAUUUUUCAAAAAUUAAAUUAUAUUUUAUGAAUGUUA